GGAGCCGGCCACUGGCCCUCAGUUAGCGGCGGGAUCUGAAGCAGAGCGCCUGGUUGCAGUUGCCAGGACAGGUGGGGGACAGCUCUUGGUCGCUGGAAUCGUUUCUCUUCCGAGUCUUGAGAUAUCGGGAGUCCACUCCCGGGAAGCCCGGCGUGUACCUCUAGAUUCCCCCGACCUAGCGACCCAGUGGAGCUGGGCCGACCCAACGAAAAGAGGCGGGAUGGAGUUCAAACUGGAGGCGCACCGCAUCGUAAGCAUCUCACUGGGCAAGAUUUACAACUCGAGGGUGCAGCGCGGUGGCAUCAAGCUGCACAAGAACCUGCUGGUGUCGUUGGUGCUGCGCAGCGCCCGCCAGGUCUACCUGAGUGACCCGUGUCCCGGCCUCUAUCUGGCCACUCCCGCGGGGGAGCCAGCGGCUGGGCCUCCAGCCGGCUGGGGGGAGCCGCCCCCGCCGGCCGCACGCGCCGCUUGGCCGGAGCCGGAGCUCGAGCCCGAGCCGCAGCCGGGGCGGCCUACAGGCGGGGACGCGAAGCGCGGGGCCGGGGCCGCUCGGCGGGGCGGCGAGCCGGCGGCGGAAACUGUCUGGCGCCGCAUGGAGGAAGCAGCCGCAGUACCCGGGGGCCCCGACGGGGGCUCGGACGGUUCCCUCGAGGGCGUCGGCGAGGAGCGGCCCGCGCCGCCCCGGCAGGACUGCCGCCAGGGGCCCCGGAAGCGCAGCGCGGCGGGGGCGGCCGGAGACGCGGCCGGCAGCCCGGCGCCCGGGGCCGCCCCGCUCAAGAAGCCGCGCCGGGACUCCGAGGAGCCGCUGGGCGGGGCGGUCGCGGCCGAAGACGAGGAGAUGGAGACCGGGAACGUGGCCAGCCUCAUCAGCAUCUUCGGCUCGGGCUUCUCGGGACUGUUGCGGAAGAGCCCCGGGGGCGGGCGCGAGGACCCCGAGGACGGGGAGGGCAGCCCGGAGGCGGCCGAGCCCGGGCAGAUCUGCUGCGACAAGCCGGUGCUGAGAGACAUGAGCCCCUGGAGCACGGCCAUCGUGGCCUUCUGAGCGCGCCGCCCCGCCCCGCGCGGGCAGCAGCUGAGCAGCGGGCGCCCCGGACGGCAGGGCCGCGAGCCCGGGAGCCCCAGAGCGGGGCCGCCCUCGUCACUGGCGGCCCGACCGACUCGGAGACGGCGGGAGACCGAGGCUCGUCGAAUGAGGACGAUCUUUGACUUUGGUGUCUGUCCACGUCAGUCUGUAGCGUUUGACUUUGGGCGAGUUUGGGCCCCUUCGGGAAUGCUCCGCCCCUCCCCCACCCCUCCGCGUCUCAGAGGUCGGGCGGACGGGACUUUCCUCCGCCCGCAGCGCCGAGAAGGAAGCGGGGGCGGGGAGUUCCCCUCUGGCUCCUGGGGGAGGAAGGGACUUUACACACCCGCGCAGGAGAGCGGGAGCCUCCCCUGGACCCGGAGUUGAGUUUCCUCCCAGGAUUCCCUAAGACCGGGGGAUUUCGUCUGGAGUAGACUCGUCCGACUCCGCUCCCGCCCCCACCUUUCUUGCUCUGUGAAGCGACUUGUGUCCUGUGACCACCCUCGGGAAAGGGAACUGUUAAGGUCCUCGUCUUCCCCACAGAGUCAAAGCUUGAUAUGAACUUCGAAGAAGAGUUCAAGCUUGGAAAUACGGAAUUCAUAGAGAACAGAUCUAUUUUUAAAAGCUCUAGAUGAGAACUGCUACAGUGCUUUUAAAAAGUGUUUAAUGAAACCAAGUUUACAGACAGAAGCCCUGAAAGGAAAGACCUUACGGUUUUGUAGAUAUGGUGACUCCAGUCUUUGUUGUAUAAAGGUUGGGGGAGCUGAUAAGGGUUUUUUGGGUUUUUUUGUACAGUAUUUUCUCCUUCGCUGUAUUGAUUUUUGUAUAAAAAUGUAACUUCACGUGUCUAACACGUAUUAAAUAUUUUGAAGCAAC